UUUUUUUUUUUCUUCUGGAACCCACCUCUAUUGUUAGGUGUUGCAGAAGAAGACUGCAGUUAUGUCUCUCCAUCUCUUCCUCAACUGGCCAUGUGUUUUAGAGAUUGUGUACACGCAAAAAUACAGUCCAUUAUACGUAUAUACAACAUUAAUGCCAGAGGCUGCAAAUAUUCCAGGUAGCCGGUUUCCAUUCUCGCAUGCAGCCAACCACCACUGUGGUGGUGGGAGUAAAGUUACAGGAGAUCACAGCAGCUGCUAUCUAUCGCUAUACACG